AAAAAAGACUUCUCGGAGUUCGUUUUAAAAUAAUUGCCUUCUCCCACUUCCGCCAAGAUCUUCAGAGUCCAACGAGGCCGGGUCACUAAGCACUUUUCCCUGCCUCGGCCUUCCAAAUGCACUGUUGGCCAAACGCCGGAGCUUCGAAACGGAAAAUUCGGCGCAUAACCGCUGAGACGCCGCCAGACCGACUGGUCCGCCAUACAAUCCACAGCGCUCUAACCAACAGCUAUCAAUCAUCCCCCUCCUACUUGCCACAACAGUCCAAGGUACCCGGGGUACUGGUUCGCGCUCUCACCUCCCCGAUCAUGUCUCGGCCGCACUCGGCUCCUCGACCAUACCGUUUCCUUUCUCUGAGGUCUUUCAUCUGUUUCUUCUCCCCUACAUUUUUGGCAAAGCUCAAGGGGAGCGGGAAGGCGGUGGAGAUUCCGCGGGGACAGGAGAUAGAGGCAGCAAAAGAAGAGCCGCAGUUGGUAGAGACAAUGAUGAAGGACGGCAGUGGGGGAUCGCCGAAGAAGGCGUAUUCGGUGUCGCCGGCAGAUUACCGGCUGCUCGACGAGGUGGGACAGGGGGCGAGCGCCACGGUGUACCGCGCGAUGUACAUACCAUUCAAUGAGAUCGUCGCCGUAAAGUGCAUGGAUCUCGAUCGUUGCAACAGUAAUCUCGAUGACGUCAGGAGGGAAGCCCAAACGAUGAGCUUGAUGGAUCACCCAAAUGUCGUGAAAGGAUAUUGUUCAUUUGUUGUUGAACACACCCUUUGGGUUGUUAUGCCAUUCAUGGCUGAGGGUUCAUGUUUGCAUCUGAUGAAAGUUGCAUAUCCUAAUGGGUUCGAAGAACAUGUUAUUGGGUCCAUUCUCAAGGAAACUCUGAAAGCUUUGGAAUACCUUCAUAAGCAUGGGAGUAUUCAUCGAGAUGUCAAGGCUGGAAAUAUCCUUCUUGAUAGUUCUGGUGUUGUAAAGCUUAGUGAUUUUGGCGUAACAGCUGGUAUGUUUGACAAGGGUGAUAGACAACGUUCAAGGAAUACUUUCGUAGGUACACCAUGUUGGAUGGCACCAGAAGUGAUGCAGCCAGGAGGUGGAUAUGAUUUCAAAGCUGAUAUAUGGUCAUUUGGAAUCACUGCACUUGAGUUAGCACAUGGUCAUGCUCCAUUUUCAAAAUACCCUCCAAUGAAGGUUCUUUUGAUGACCCUCCAAAAUGCCCCUCCUGGACUUGAUUACGACCGAGAUAGAAAGUUUUCGAAGUCUUUUAGAGAGAUGGCUUCCAUGUGCUUGGUUAAAGAUCAAACAAAAAGGCCAACAGCUGAAAAAUUAUUGAAGCACCCAUUUUUCAAGAAUGCCAAGCCUCCGGAGUUAUCUGUGAAAAGCCUUUUGACAGAUCUGCCUCCGCUCUGGGAUCGUGUGAAGGCGCUGGAGCUUAAAGAUGCAGAGCAACUGGCUUUGAAGAAAAUGGCUUCAUCAGAACAGGAAGCAUUAUCCAUGAUUGAGUACCAGAAAGCAGUCAGCGCAUGGAAUUUUGAUCUUGAAGAUUUGAAGAUCCAAGCAUCACUGAUAGUUGAUGAUGAGAACAUUGCUGAUGCGAAGGAAGAUGAUAAAGGCUUGAUGAAUUUCAUCAACAAUGAGGUUUUGUUACCUUUUCUCUCGAUUCCAUACAUUCUCAAUGAUAGCUAUAUGGCGCCAUCUAAUGUUGGGUCUACUUCAGAAAAACUUUUCGCUGCUGACAAAAAUUCAGAUAUAAAAAAUCUAGGAGAUAUUGAAGGGCCUGAUGGUAGUGGUCUAAUCAAGAAAAAUGAGUUUCUAGAAACAGAUGUUCUGGAAGUUAUCAAUCAAGAUAGAAUUUACAGAUAUGAUAAUAAGAAAUUAAAUAAUGAUUCAGACCCAUCAACAUCAACGCAUGAUGCUGAACUCAGACAGGAAAACGAAGUUGUUAAAGAGCCCCAAAUGUGCAGUAUCCCUCUUCGUCCUUCUAGCGUGCAAAAUAAUUCAGCAAAAAGAGGGCGGAACCUUGAAAGGGCUGAAAGUGAAAGUCAACUUCGAGCUGAGAGAUCUAGGUGUAAUGCUUGGAAAGAUGCAAACUUAAGUGGUCCAUUGAUGCUUCCAAAUCGUGCUUCUGCAAAUAGUUUGUCUGCUCCAACACUGUCUUCAAUUAGAUGCGGGGACUCUAUGGAGGACAAGUUCAACUUGAAUGCGGUUCAAAUAAAAGGACGGUUUUCUGUUACAUCUGAGAAUGUUGAUGCUGUAAAGGGUUUACGGAUGAUAAGAUCUGCUAGUGUUGGUGAUUGUCUAUUUAAUCCAACGCAAGUGCCUUCUAAUGAGCUCCCAAAGGAAAACAUAAAUAUUUCAUUGCUUCCUUCUAUUCUAAUGACUCAUCUCCAGAAUCUUGCUCGGCAAACUUCGUCUCAGCAGCUUUGGCAGGUUCUUCUUACGGAUUUGUUGACUAGCAUGCAGCAAAAUGAUAUUCUUUCCAGUUUCAAAACGGAAAUUCCAUCACAAACAUCCAAGCUUGAGAUAGACGUUCUGGUCAAAGCAGAAAUUACUGAAAGAGAACGUCUCCUGCUUGUUAAAUUUUCGGAGCUUCAGGCCAGGAUGAUUAACCUGACAGAUGAGUUAACUGCUGCAAGGUCGAAAAACGUUCAACUGCAACAACAAAUAAAUGCCGCUUAUUCAAAGAGAAAUGAAAAAGAAGCAGCUUGAUUUCUGUACUCGGUAAGGUCGCGUUCCUGUAAAUAAAGGCGGAAGCAUAAUCUUUACACACAGCAGAAUUCUAUUUACAACUACACAGUUUUCCUUCUUUCUCAACCAAUCGUAUUCAUUAAGCUUUCAAAAUCACCAACGGUCGUAUCAUCUUGGAAAACACAGCGGAAAGUAAGUUACAGAUAAGCUAUUUUUUUCUGUAUUCUCCCUUAUAUUUCAUAAAAUUUCCCUAUUGUGCCUGCCUUUCCUCAUCAUCUCUUACCUAUAUUUGAAAUCACACUACUAAACUGCUUGUAAUAUAAAGGUGUUUGGGUCUUCACUCUUCAGCAUUAUAAUAACCUCUUGAAAUAGAUUUUAGCCAUUCGUUUAGCUUGUUAUUCAUCCAUAAUGUUAUAUUAUUGUUUAUGAUUGAUGUACAAAUAAACUUAUUUCUACUUUGAUAAUGCUCUUUAAUCAUUUAA